AUGAACGUCCCUCAGAUCAAAUCCAUCUGGAUUGAUGAAGAUGACGAAACAGAGAAGCUAUAUGGCUUACAGGCCCAUCAAUUCAUGGAUUCUGAUGAUGAAAACGAACUUGGCGUCGUUAUGAUUAAUAGUGAUAAACCUGUCUUAAGCAACAGGAAAAAUAUUGAUCUACCUCCACUACCUCCAAACGCUUACAAAGAUUCCUCGAGUAAAAGUUCGUUCUUGAAGAAGAAAAAGAGUCUUUUGAAAUUGUUUCAGAAUAAAUCGUCCAAGGAGGAAUCUCCUAAACUGAAGAUAUCCGUUCCUUUUGGCUUCAGUCACAUAUCACAUGCAGAUUCCAGAGCCGGGUUUGACGUACCAGAUCCAUCACCAUCAUCAUCGUCUUCACACACACGUAAUGCAUCUCAUAGCCAAUUGCAAAACAUACCGGAGGGAUCAGCAGUAAGAACUGAUUCUAUUAAUGAACAAACAGCUUCGAUGGCUAAAGUAUUUGUUACAGAUGCCAUUCCAUAUACUCACCAGGGCUUACUCUCUAGAGCUUCAUCAGCUAAGCGCUCUUCAGUUGGAUCAAGCAUGUACUCUAAUCCAAGAAUUACCUCUACAUCUACCAUGGCAACCUCUUUAUUGAAUGAUUCAAACAUGCGUUCAAUUUCAAAGCUAACCACAUUGGAGAAAACUCAUUUAAAACACAAGUAUUCUAAGUCCGAAUCUAGUGAUUUAGAUGUCGAGUUCUUGAAGAAUUACCAGUUCCCAACAUUGUUAGAAGAGCAAUCAAUUCUUCAUGUUUCAACACCGGAGAUGAAUACAAAGAAAGAUAAAUUCCAAUGGGAAUCUCCAGCAAACUCUACAGAUUUGUUGGAAACAAUGUUGUUAGACGAUAUGAAAAUGGUUAGUAGAAGGUCGGCAACAUCCAAACAAUCAUUGAAGAGAAAUUCUGACCCAAUCAUGACCCCCAUUUUGAAACCAUCUGAGUACUUAGACUCGCCUAGAACAAGAAGAUCUGUUGAUGACGUCCUAUUAUGCUACUUACAACCUAGUGAUGCUGGCUCGUCAUUGGAAGAAACAUCUAGUGAGUUCUCUUUUGCCAGAAACUCAAAGCUUUACUAUAAAUCGAAUGUAUGA